CGUGUCGAUUAAAAUGAAGUCGUUUGUUUCAAUAAACCUGUUGGCUUUAUUGGAAUCCAUAGAGUGAGAUAUAAUCACAUCUUGAGUUUGGCUUUCUUACAUUCGGAAUUACCGCCACGCAGCGGGCGCUGGUAGUCGUGCUUCUGCGCAGUUCUCAAUUCAUCAAUCGUCUGCAACGCAACGAGAAAUUUUAUUAGAUCGACAGGCAAGAAAUUGCGCUGUACUUAGUAAUUUCCUAAAGAAAAACAGAAAAACAGUCGAAAAUGUUGGCCCUUCAGAAGCUUGGAAAGCAGUCGAUGAAAAUCGCCGCCAACCAGCAAGUUCGCAACUUCAUCGUUUCCAAACCCCAAGUUCGGAUAUCCUUUGCCGAAAAAUGUGCAACUGGAUUGUUUAUUACUCUUGCUUCUGUCACUGUCCCUCUAUAUUGUGCAAUGAAUUUUAAUAAAUGGCGGGGCUCCAAAUAAGAAACUUUUAACUGUUUUAGAAUCAAUAUUUUAGAGCCUAGGUUCAUUCAAACCCCUACUUGAAAUUUUUCAAAAUUUUUUAAAUUUUUUAAUGAAAUAGUUUGAAAUUUAAAAAAGAAAAGAAGAAAAUUAUUGUUGCAUUAUAGUACAAAUAAAUACUGAAAAGUAUAAAUCUAAUUAAAACAUUUGAAAAAGUUACUCAUGGAUUAAUUCUCUUCUCAGUUCCAAUGAUCAUUCCUCUUUAUCUGAGCACCAAAUUUGCUGAAUGGACUAUGGCCAAUCAAGAAAAAUCAUAAAUAAAACAAUAAUGAUUUAGAUAAAUUAAAUAUGUUUAAAUAUUCUUUUGUUUAUAAUUUAUGAAUUAAUAAAUCAAACUUCUUGUUUCUCAUAAAUCUGUAGUUCAUGAAUAUUUACUUUAUAUAUUGUUAAGAAUAAUGUGGAAAUGAAUAGAUCAUUGUUGAGACAAGAGAAAAAUAAAAUUUUAAAAAUUAUUAACUGUUUCUGACUGCUUCAAACUGUAAAAUACCCAAAAACCGCAGAAUCCUAAUUAUGUUGAAAAAUCCUCCUUAAAUCUAAUAAUGCAUAAAAAAAAGUAGAAACCCUAGAAAGCUCUGCUAGAGUCUCCGCAACGCUUGGAUGUAUAGGGAAAUAUGUAGCAGUCGACACUCGACACUUGCCUGCAAAGUGCAAGCAGAAAAACAUAAUUUUUCUCACGCUGCACUUGCUCCGACUCGUCACAUACCCAACAAAGUAUUUCAGUGGUCAUCUAGGCAUCUUUUUGGAGUCAUGCCUUCUAUUAAUAGAUGCAGCAUAGCGUUUGUUUCGUCUGUUUCCCGGUCUUAUACCAUCUUCACUGCUGAUAAUAGCAGCUGAGCUCUAAAAAGCUCCAAAAAAAGUAUGGUUUUUGACAGUUUUUCGACCUGCAACUUUCAUGUGUCACGUCGCCGUAACUCUCCAAAAAUAAUGAACGUCAAUCACGCCAACGCGAGAUGAAUGAGUUUUUUCUUUGACUACCGUUAUUAUUAUGAAAUUUAAAUAAAUUAUUAUCAGGAUAAAUAAAGAAAGAAUUGUUAUUAAAGUUUAUUAUUUAGAAAAGCUGCAAAAUGGCUCUUUUAGGUGCUCAAUUAGUUAUAACACUGAUUAUGGUCAGUGUCAUUCAGAAAUUAGGAUCUCAUUUUUCCCUAGGAAAAUGGAUUUUAUGUUCGACUGGAUUAAAAAGGUUUCUAUAUCCCACUGAUCAAGAGUUGAGAGCUCUUGUUGGCUAUCCCAAGGAUAAACAUAAAAAAAACAAAAAUCAUGCAAAUGGACAUUCAUCUGAGACAUUUCAAAUUCCAAGGAAUUUGGAUGUUACCCUUGAGACUGUACCUGUCACUGCCUCUGAUAUUGUUUAUUUAAAAUUUUAUACAGAUUUUCAAUGGAUGUUUGAUUUUGCAAUUUAUGGUGUCCUUGUAUAUGCUAUGACAGAAAUAUAUAAUAAAUUUUAUCCAAUCAAAGAUGAAAUUAAUCUAAGCAUGGUAUGGUGUUGCUUAGUUUUAGUAUUUGCAUUUAAAGUUUUGAUUUUGCUCUGGGUUCAAUACUUUAAAGGUGAAGAAAGUAUAGGUGAAAGAUCAACAUGUAUCGUUACUGGAUUUGUCUAUCUCCUCAUUUCUAUGAUGAUCCUUAUUGUGGAUGAAAAUACUCUAGAACUGGGAUUAGACAACGCAUACAGUAGUUUUAACCACACUGCUUCUAUAUUUCUAUCAAAACAAAAUUUUUCAUCAAGUGGUCCAGCAUCUAAACUUAUUGUUAAAUUUUCUUUUGCUGUAUUUUGUGGAUUCGUUGGUUCAUUGUUCACAUUUCCUGGUUUAAGAGUGUCGCGAAUGCAUUGGGAUACUUUGAAAUAUUACAAGGACAAUAAGUUCAUUCUUUUGCUUACAAAUAUAAGUUAUGUUUCUCCACUUAUUUUGACAUGCUUAUGGAUUAAACCAAUUAGCAGAGAUUAUCUUACUGAAAGAAUUUUCUCUGGUAUGACGGAACCAAUAAUGACACCCACAACGUUUGAGAGUAUGCGUUUAAUAGUCAUUAUAAUUGCAAUUCUAUUAAAAAUUGUAUUGAUGCCAAUUUAUCUGCAAUCUUACUUGAAUCUGGCUAACCAAAGAUUAGAAAUGCAAAAAAAGGAAGCUGGUAAGAUUUCAAAUAAAGAAUUUCAAAAAAAGAUAGCUGCAGUAUUCUAUUAUUUAUGCGUUGUAGCAUUGCAAUACAUUACACCUCUUAUUAUUUUACUGUAUUGUACACUGAUGUAUAAAACUUUAGGAGGAUAUAGUUGGGAGGGUAUUUAUAAAAGUGUAGAUUUUGAAGAAUGCCCUGCUCCUCAACCAUUAGAAGAUAUCAAGUCAAGUAUUGUCGAUGGGGAAAUUGAAGCUGAUGUAGCUCAAGAUAUCGCAGCAGCUUUAUUUUCAGUAAAACAAAUUUUUACUGCUGAGAUAUUUAGAGGAAUUUUUGGACUAGCAACUUGGUGGACGCUUUUUACAUUGUUCGCUACAACAGCUCUAGGCAUGGUUUAUCAAAGCUACUUCACAAAUGUGUGAUAAAUUCAUUGUUAAGGAGCUAGUUUAAUUGCUAAUCAAUCAGAGAUUGAAAUCAUAUUUAAGAGAAAGUUCAACAAGACUAAGAUUUUUCAAAGUUGAAAAAACAAUAUUAUCAAAAUCUCAGUUUAUUUUUAAAGA